GGGAGCAAGAGCCCUUCACUGAAAUCCUGCCACCAUGCUGGGGCUGCUGCUGCUGCAGGUGUUGGCCAGCUGCCUCUGGCUGGGACACAGCGAGGUGGUGAACUCCUUUGAAACUUCAUGUCCUCAGUUUUUUUUCCGGGAGAUCCCCCCGAAUGAAGCCCUGGAGCCACAGAAACCAGCCUGGAUCUGCCAGCGCUACAAGAACCAGUACUACUUUGCAACCCUGUAUGACAGGAUGAUGCGUAUUCCUGUCUACUCUGCUUACAUCUACCAGCCUGGACCAGGCAAAAGACCUAAAACUUGGCUGGUUGAGCCGCAGCUGAUUGGCCCAACUUAUCCCAAAACUAUGGAAAAAGAGUGGACACUCUUAAAUCAAUACAAUGUCACCUUAGAGAAACUCAGCCAGAGCCAGGCUAUCCUUCAUGACUACAAGAACCUGACGGGUCUGAACCGGGGCCAUUUGAACCCCAAUGGCCACCACGAUGACUACAGCAGCAGGAUGGCCACCUUCACCCUCACUAACAUAGUGCCCCAGGAUGAGAAACUCAACGGCGGCGCCUGGAACAACUACGAGCAGCAAACGAUGAUCAGGAGGACCCAGGACUGCAAAACCACCUAUGUCAUCGUGGGUGCUGUGCCUGGGAACAACUACAUUGCCAAGGGGAGGGUUAAUAAACCCAGCCACCUUUGGUCAGCUGCCUGCUGCGUGGUGGACAACAACUACAUAAAGGCUUGGGCAGUCAUUGCUGAGAACGACAGGAACCAGGUUCAGCUCCUCACACUGGGAGAGCUGGAGGACACGUUAACUGAGCUCUAUGGGAGGGGACAGGUUUCCCUGUUUGACAGUGACUGUCCCCGAGAAUAAGCCUCACAUCCUGGCUGGAAUAGGCUCAGGAGCUUUUGCCAUAUGUCAUAGAACCACAGAAAGGUUUCGGUUUCAAGGAAUUUCAAAGACUGUCCCUGUAGUCUCAGCUCCUGAGCCAUGAGCAGGGACACCUUCCACUAUCCUUGGUGGCUCCAAGCCCUGUCCCGUGCUAGUAGGUUUCUUUGUUAUGAAAUUGUGAUGUUAUAAGUUCAAAUUUAUUUGUUCCAGUUGUACCCCAUACAUAUUGGUUUGUUCCUGAGCAAUGUCCACCCAUUCCCCUGUCCAUCUACCUAAAGACCAACCCCUUAUUUCAGAACCUUCCCUGACACUCAGGGAGACCCUGCCUUCCUCUUUUGUCCAUCACAGAAACCCCAUCUUUGUUCCCAGAAACUUCUGUGUCCAUCCUGGAUCCCAGAUACCUAUUCUGUCUGCUUGGCCUCCUCUCCUCCCCUGUUGCGUCCCAUUGGAUGUCAUGAUGUGUACCCCACCUUGUGCCCCUCCCCAUGUGUCUCACCAUUGGUCCAAGAUUGUAUCCUCCCCAUGUUCCCUCCCCCAAACUUAAAAUGCUGUUACCCUGUUGGAACUGUCACUUGUUCUUGGAUCCUGUCAGAUUAAAGCCUUUUGAGAACCU